AAUCUUUUUAACUUCUCAGAGUGGACGCUUUCAAGUUCAAUUUUAACCAUCAGCGCAGCUUUAAGUUGCAUUUUAACUGGAUUCAUAAUCAACAAGAUUGGUCGUCGAGGUGCAAUGUUAUUGACUCUCGUGCCAUUUCUAGCCGGUUGGUUGAUGCUUAUCGAUCCUUUUAAUCCUUCAAUGCUGAUAAUUGGACGCAUGUUGAUUGGCAUUGCAUGUGGUGGGAUAUGCGUCAGUGGCAUUAUUUAUUGCUGCGAAAUAACAGAAAACUCAACUCGAGGGACUUUGAGAUCAUUUUUUCAACUGUUGAUCACAUCAGGAAUUUUAUUGGCUUACAUUCUUGGAGCUUUCUUCAACCCACAAACAGCGAGUUUAAUUUGUGGAAUUAUUCCAAUUUUAUUUGGCGCUUUCAUGUUUUUCUGCCCGGAAUCGCCAACUUAUCUUAUUAUGAAAGGGAAGCAAAAGGAAGCGAUGAAAGCUUUGAAAAGUGUUCGUGGCGAAGGCUUCGAGGUAUCGUCGGAAAUCAGCGAGUUACAAAAAGAAGAAAACAUUCGUAAAUCUAAAAGCAUCAGUGAAGCCAUAAAAUGGAAAUCUUCGAUAAAAUCGAUGUUGCUAUGCUUCGGUUUAAUGUUUUUUCAACAAUUAAGUGGCAUCAAUGUCGUGAUUUUUUAUUCAUCUGAAAUAUUUCAAGACGCGCGUGUUGGAAUGGCGCCUGAAUAUGCAACAAUAAUGAUUGGAGUUGUUCAAAUCAUCGCAACAUUUCUUGCAUAUCUCAUUUUGGAAAGAUUUGGUCGUCGAUUGAUGUUGGUUUUGUCGGGUUCACUCAUGGCAAUGUGCACCUUGGUGAUGGGAAUCUAUUUCGGAACAAAAGACAGAGAUGAAAGUGCUGUUGAUGGAAUUUGGUGGAUUUCGUUAUUGGCACUUUGUGUUUACAUCGCAGCAUUUUUUUUCGGCUUUGGUCCCGUUCCAUGGCUGAUUUUGAGCGAACUUUUCUCAACUGAUAUCAAGGGAAUUAUCGUCCCAAUGACAGGCACAUUCUAUUGGACUUUAGCUUUUGUCGUCACAAUUUUAUAUCCGCCACUUCAUGAAAUUCUUGGACAUUCGACUUGUUUCUUCAUCUUCACUUUCUUCAACAUUCUUGGAAUAUUUUUCGGUUGUUAUCUCGUUCCUGAAACUAAAGGAAAGUCGCUGAAAGAAGUUCAAGUUGGAGAAUAA